AUGUACGAUCCUUCGGCUAGCGACUCACGGUCUAGUCAUUCUUCAGCCUUGGAUGAUGCUUUACUGGAUUUUGCAACUAUGGAUUUUGCUGGUUUGCUUGGGUUAGGUCAUUUGGAGGUUGAUGGAGUGAGGGAAGGUGGUGAUGGUGCUGGCGGGAGUGGCGGUGAUGAUGUUGGUGGGAGUAACGGUAAUGGUGCUGGUGAGGGUAGCGCUGAUGGCGUUGGUGGAAAUGAUAGUAAUGGUGUUGGUGGGAGUGGCGGUGAUGGUGCUAGUAGGAGUGGUGGUGAUGGUGCUGGUAGGAGUGGCGGUGAUGGUGCUGAUGAAGUUGUUUAG